GCGGGCACGAGCAUGAGCAUCAUAGCAAGGUAGAGGCGCGCUCCCGGCGCAGCCCUGCGAGAAACUCCAGCUCCCAGCACAGCGGAGAAGUCUUGGGGCGAGUGAAUAUACAGACCAAGUGGAUGAACAUCAUUUAGCAUUGAAGCCAAUGCAAUCGAGGCAAUCCUCUGGCAGCCGGGCUGUGGCUUAUUGUGGCGUUCAGACACACACACACAAACACACAUGUGAAAUAAAAGCUGCUGAAUGAACUCGCGGCUUCUUCCAGCCAGGAGCAAGCAGCAAGUGGCGGCGCUGAGUGAGAGGAUUUGAGUAAAGUUGUGUGACUCGCCCAUCAGAAAUAUGAAUGGAUUUGGCUCAACAAAUGUUAUUGAUGGAGCAGUUCGGAAGAGAAACUAAAUAUGGUUUAACAAGAGUCUUCUUUGGGAAGAGAAUUGCGAUUGAUCAUCUCUGCUAUCAAAUGCAACUGCAACAGAUAAAUUGAAAGCAUCGCAAGUCCUUCAGACCGCUGGUAAAGAGGAUAUGCCUUCUGGGACCAUAUUUUUCUAGAAGAACCUUUCUUUGGGAUUUGCAGACUCUUCAUGACUAAGAAUUUGGUCAAAGUGGAUUUUUAGAAAAUGUGUGAUGGAACAUGGGUUAUCCUAAGUCCAGCGGAGUUUGCUCAGCUGCAACAGCAUACAGAAUAUUCCUCAAAGAAACUGAAAGAUGUGCUGGAAGAGUUUCAUGGAGAUGGAGUGAUGUCCAAAUAUAACCCUGAACAGCCUAUAGAUUACGAAGGCUUCAGAUUAUUCAUGAAGACAUAUCUGGAGGCGGAAAUCCCCGAAGAACUGUGUCAGCAUUUGUUCAUGUCGUUUAAAAGGAAGACAUGCCAAAAUUCACCAGCAUCCCUGAGGCAAAACGCAAGCAAUUCACAAUUCAAUCUACUGGAAUCAAAAACUCUAGAUUCUGGCAUCUCGUUCCAGACAGAAGUCGCUUGUGCUCCUAUUACAGGAAUUAAUGGCAAAAGUAUUCUAAACGCCAUGAAAAGACAGCCUCCAGAUGGCAGGAACUCUCAGAUCAACCUCACCGACCAGCAACUUUCCAGCUUGGCUCCAAUUGCUGCUGCCACAGCAACCUAUUCUCCUGGUUCCUCUCGCUCUUCCUCUCAGAAAUCCACCGCCGCUGCUCACUCCGCUCAUAACGCCUCUGGCUCCUUCAAGAUUUUCUCUGCCUCACCACUUAACUCUCAUUCCCCAGGUACAAAGAGUCUAGAUAAGAAGAUGAGUUUAUCACUUCGGAAGAGUCACAGCCCCCUGAAGGCACCGGCUCACAUGCUGCAGCCCCAGAUGCCACAAGUGGUCUACCUAAAGGAUAUUGUUUGCUACCUGUCGCUGUUGGAGCGUGGAACAGCUGAGGAUAAACUGGAAUUUAUGUUUCGGCUUUACGACACAGAUGGAAAUGGUUUUCUGGACAGUUCUGAGUUAGACCGUAUCAUUAAUCAAAUGGUCCACGUUGCAGAGUAUUUGGAAUGGGAUGCUACUGAACUCAGGCCAAUACUAAUGGAGAUGAUGGAGGAAAUUGACUAUGAUCACGAUGGUAGGGUUACACUUGAAGAGUGGAUAAGAGGUGGGAUAACUACCAUCCCAUUACUGGUCCUCCUUGGCAUGGAAACAGUAAGUAUAGGGCUGUAAGCAAUCAUUAGUGAAAAUUACAGUGCUCUUCAGAAAAAAACAUUGAGUCACAUUUUGAACUGCCUUAGCUGCUUUCUUCAUAACAACU